GAUAAGCGGCGAGAGCGAUUGAACUCUGCCAGUCUGUGCAGCCGUCGUGUGUGGAGGGCGAGGGCGAGGGACCAGCCGCUGUUGGUGAGGAUCAGACCAGAGAUCUACUUGCAACUGGAGAGAAGGGUUCCUGCAGGCACGCAACAACCGGAGCAGAAGGUGGGGACCUCGAGAAGGUAGUACAUGAUGAAGCCAUCCUUCCUUUCCAUUUGCUUGUGGGCACCCUUCCUGGCUGUAGCCUUUGGCCACAUGCACAAUCCCGCAUUGGAUGGGGCCUGGCUGAACUGGAAAUCGUUUCACAAGAAGGAAUACAUAGAGAUUGAAGGUAAUUACAGGAGAUCGGUGUGGGAGGAGAACUUGCAGUUAAUUGAACUCCACAACCUGCAACAUUCCAUGGGACAGCACUCCUUUCAGAUGGGAAUGAACUACUUUGGAGACCUUACGGCCAAGGAGUUCAAUGAAUUUUGGAACCGGUUCCACGCAUUUGAAAUGAAGGACUUGAUCAGGAAGGAGGCAGCUUCAGGUGGUCCCAAGCCUUCCAAACUCCCUCAGAGUGUUGACUGGAGGACCAAAGGUUACGUGACCGGAGUAAAAAACCAGGGUCGCUGUGGUUCUUGCUGGGCAUUCAGUGCUGUUGGCGCCCUUGAAGGACAAACAUUCAGGAAGACAGGGAAACUCAUCUCGUUGAGUGAGCAGAACUUGGUUGAUUGCUCCAACGCAGAGGGCAACCAUGGAUGCAAUGGUGGCCUGAUGCAAUAUGCUUUCGAUUACGUACAGUCUAACAACGGGAUUGAUGCUGAACAAUAUUAUCCUUAUAUUGGCUCCGAUGGCAUCUGUAAGUAUAAUCCUGGUGGGAAUGCAACCUCUUGCCACGGUUCGAGGUAUGUACGCCAAGGUAAUGAAACGGCGCUGGCAGAAACAGUGGCCAUUGUUGGACCGAUUUCUGUUGCCAUUGAUGCAAAACAUAGUUCGUUCCAGUUUUACCAAUCAGGAGUUUACUACGAGCCAAGAUGCAAUGGUUUUAAGGUCAACCAUGGAGUACUAGUAGUGGGAUAUGGAAGCGAAAAUGGACAGAAAUAUUGGAAUGUUAAAAACAGCUUUGGAAUGAACUGGGGAGACCAUGGCUACAUCAAGAUGGCCAGGAACAUGAAUAACAACUGUGGAAUAGCUACCUAUGCAAUCUAUCCUCUGGUUUAGGAUAGCACCGAUUAUCAUCUUUGCAAAACAAAACGUAUGGCACUUUCUACAACAUUAAAUGUUUCCACAUUUUGUUUUAUCGGUGUUUGUUUAUUAUGGACUUUGAAUCUUGAAUAAAUUCUAGUGUCUACCAAAUAACCUUUGAAUUAUGAUGUCGAAGCAUCUCAGAUGCUUGUUUCAAUUUUGGUCGCUCUUAUUGUGUCCAUCAUUAAUUUAGACAUUAAAUAUUGUGAGUCCAAGAACCAAGUUACUAUUAAAUUUGCAGAUUGGAAGAAUGCUCCUUUGGAAAUAUUCUACGAUACCAAGCUCAUCAGGUGUAAAUUUUAAAUGUCUUUUACACUGACAAUAUUACUCCCAUGCGGAUUAGAGAGGAUUGGGUAAUUCAGCUAUUAAACAAAUCUACUGGGCACACUGCGGUGGCAAACCAAGAUAAUUUUAUCUACGUAGUUUGAAAGCCACUACCCUGCACUUUCUGCACAAUCUACUGCAGAAAUAACCUUAUUUUGUACAAGAAUAGAAGGUGAGAAUAGUUACACUCAUCAAUAUUCCAGAAAAAUCAGAAUGGGUCUUUGGUAGAUUUAAAAUGGAAAAUGAGAAAUGAAAUGUGUGGCAGUUGGGGAAAAAAAGCAAAGAAUUGUAACAAGUCAGGAUGUAGGAGAACUAAACUAAUUAACCAGUUAGCCUGAGGUCCUUAAAUUAGCAAGGAUUUGUGCUUUUUCAAAAGCACAAAUGGCACAUUGGUGCAGCAGUUGAGUUGUUGCCUUACAACGCCAGGUUCGAUCCUGACUGUGGGUGCUGUCUAUAUGGAGUUUGCACGUUCUCCCUGUGACUGGGUGUGUUUCUUUUAGGUGCUCCAGUUUCCUCCCACAUUCCAAAGACGUGCAGGCUUGUAGGCUAAUUGGCUUCUGAAAACUGUCCUUAGUGUGCCGGAUAGAACUAGUGUUUGGGUGAUCACUGGUCGGCAGGAACUCGGUGGGCCAAAGAGCCUGUUUCCACGCUGUAUCUCUAAAACUAAAACUGUCCCAAACUAAGUUUCUGCUCUGUCUGAUGUUUCAAACAACUUUUCUCUCGGUGAACAAUGUACAUUUCUUUGUUUAUAUUGUACCUUGAAAUAAAAAACAUGAAUAAAAA